AUGUUCAUCAAAAAGCUUAUUCUAACAUCAACCCUAGCUAUUGUGUACACCAACAAAUCAUUGACAAAACCCCAUCCGAUCAUUUUUGAUCCCAUUCGGCUUGCUGUCAUCUGCAAGGAUUGCCAACAUGGUGUCUCGAUGGCAUCACUCAGCAAACACCUAAAGGAGGAACACAGAUACCCUGACAUUACAAUUGAUUCAAUCAAAAAGGAGUUCCAAGCAUAUAACCCAAUUGGGCCAGCAGACCACGCUGAGAUUCUUGCCGCGGCUGAGCACGGCUACUCAUCAAAUAUAAAAGUCCAUGAGGGCAUUGCCUGCAACUUCACUGGGUGCAAGUACCAUUGCAUAACAACUGGUACUAUCUACAAGCAUUUGUCGCAGGUACACAAAAAUGAACCAUGGCCUGUCAACCAACCAAAGUACCAGACUGAUGUUCUUGUUUCAACCCUUUUCACAUCAUACAAACAUUACUACCCGGUAUCUCCACCGUCCCCGGCAAGCAGUCCUAGUAAUCCACACGAAGACGACCCCCUAUCCGAACUCAAGGCCGAAUACGCAAUGCUGCUACACGAAUGCUCUCGUUUAUACGCGAUUGCACCAACAGAGCCAACGCACCUUACGUGCUCCACAAGUCUCAUCCGCCAACCCAUGGAGAUCCCAACCAAGACCGUGGUAGGCUUUUUCAUUGCCAGUACCUCAUGGACUCGCUCCAAUCGAUGGGCAGCCCCUGACCAUACGACGCCCCUAUUGAGUGCAAUCAUUUAUGCCUUCCGCAUGUUUACACUCUUUACAGUACUGAUUAAUGAGUCUCCGGAGGAUGUACACGAACGUCUGUUAGUUGAUUCUGCCAAAUAUCUCCAUGAUGGGAAGCAAGUUUAUUUUUCCGAGGCGUUUAAUCUCCGAUUAAUGGGCAAAACGAUUUGUCGAGAUUUUUAUCAACGAGAGACGGUCCGAUGGAACCAGACAAGAACGAUCCUCACCAUCGACAGUACUGAAAUCCACCUAACCCAGCUAUAUGACUAUAUCCGCCGCCUAAUUUCCUCCAAUCGCACCGAGCUGUGCACAAUUCUUGGCGUGGAUGAGAACUACCUUGAGCAGUUCUCCCCCAACAAAUUCUGUGACAAUUGGAACGUGCAGCAUAGAGGAGUCUCAAUUAUCAGUACUGCUGUCCCGCGUGCUCCGGACGUUGAUCCCAAUUUCUUGGAUGGGAUAUGGCGUUAUACCAAUAGAUUGAUAUCAAUGCCCAACUCGUUUGUGGCCAUCCGCAAUGGAAAGGUGCAGAUUGAUCCCAAGAAACAGCGCGAGUUUACCACACUAUGCCGCCGCGUACAGAAAUUCCUCAGCAAUCUAGCGGUUCUCCUUGUAUACACUGGCGGCCUGCCGAUGCGAGGGCCAGAAUUGAUAUCGACAAAACAUGCCAAUGACGCCAGCACCCUUAGAAAUGUAUUGUUGCAUUUUGAUUCUAUGGUUAUAUUGUCUGAAUACAACAAGACGGAUAGCAUCAAGGGGAAGCCAACGGUUGUUGCUCGAUAUCUUCCUUCGUCAGUUGGACAAGUAGUUUUAUGCUACUUGUCGGAGCUGCGGCCGUUUAUCGGCAGAUACUCUGCAUUACAAUCUGAGAGUACAAAUAUGGCACAUCUGACGAAUCCCCUCUUCUUCACAUGCCCUGAGGCGGCACCAAUCACCCCAGCCACCGUCUCGGCCCAGAUGGGGUUGGCAACCGAGCAGAGUCUGGGCGUUCGGGUUAAGAUUGCAAAGUGGCGGCACGUCGCGGUGGCUCUCUAUCGAGAGCGGAUCCAGACAGAGGAGGAUGAGAAGGAGAUACCAGAUAUCGCGCAUAUCCUUCAAACCGGGCAUUCCGAAGAGACUGACUCUCGCCACUAUGCCCUGACUGCUGAAAUGAUCACUGGCACGACGGACGAAACACUACGAGCAUUUUAUAGGGUAUCUAAGAAAUGGCAUACAAUCCUGGGCAUAACCGACCAAGGAGAUGCAACCCACCCGUUUUUGGCGACCGCCACAAUUUCCCCCCCUACUGCACCCUCCCCAAUGAUUAUGGCGCCCGCCAAAAAGUCAGCCCUGCCAGCCGCCAGCAUGCAACAAUCCCUCAAUUACAGCAACCCACUCCAUCAAAACAAGCGCAUACUAGGCCAAGCCGGUGAACCAAGCAACCCGAAUAAAAGGGUAUGUACCACGGAGACCAGAGCUCUUGAGAAGCUGAGGCUGGUCCUACAAAAACCAGAUGCUGAAUGGCGCAACUCGACCCAGCGAGAUGCAACAAUUGAGUGCAUCAAUAAGGUUGAUAAUUUGAUGGUGAUAUCUCCACCGGGAUCAGGAAAGACCCUCAUCUUCAUCAUCCCUGCAAUGCUGGCCCCAACGAUGACUACAAUUGUGAUUACACCGUUCAUAUCCCUCCAAUCAGACAUGAUAUCCCGAUGCAGUCAAGCUGGGGUCCAGGCCGAUGCAUGGCACCCAGCGAUGUCUCGUGCCCCACAUAUCGUAUUUGUGACUCCAGAGCUAGCAAUGCACCCCCAAUUUCAAGUGAUGGUCCAAAGACUCUGCGAGGAAAAGCAGCUACCGCGCUUGGUGGUUGACGAAGUGCACUGUGUAGUAACUGAUGGUAACUAUCGGCCAAGUUUCAACAGAUUAAAAUGGGUGGGCUCAGUUGCGGUGCCAUUGCUCUUAAUGACUGGGACGCUUCCACGAGAGAUGAGUGACCAGGUGCUUAGCCGUCUGGGUUGCGACCUUCGCCCCGCCGUUGAGAUGCUCCAUGUAGUGGUGGAGAUAUUGUGGUUUAAACAAUGGAGGGUUCUAUGGGACGAUAAUACCGUAUUAGGCCGGAGUGGAUAUGAAAUACAACAUAUCCAAAUCAAAAGCGAUAAUUCCGCCGGGAAGGGGUUAAAUUUUAGUGUCAAAGUCAAUGAGUUGAGGCAACGGAGCGGUGCAAAGCGGUGCAAGAUCAACAAAGUAAAUUAA